AUGACCUUGUACGUUGAGCAGGCAGUAGCAGAGAGUCAGCUUCCCUUACGCGCACCGGGCGCCGGAAACCGUGCGACUUGCUUGAUGGCAGUGUUUGCCUCAGUGCGCGGCCUGGAGCCGACCUGUGGCGUCUCCGAGCUGUGUCUGCGGAGUUGUUUAGAAGAGUUGGCCCUCAGUAAACAUCUGUUUAGUGGGGAGAGUUUUCUGCGGACCAGCAGGAGUGAGAUGGUUGCUGGUGGUGCUCUCCCCGCGGAUGCCGAGGGACUCGGGGCCGGAGUGGCCUACGCGGGGCCCGGGCCGCUGGGCUGUUCCUGCAGCGAGGGGCUGUGGAGCGUGUACCAGGGCUACGGCUCGCCCUCCCAGUACGGCAUGGCCUCCUACGGCUCCGCCACACCGCAGCAGCCGUCGGCGCCCCAGCACCAGGGCCCGCUGAACCAGCCCCCGGUCCCCGGCAUGGAGGAGAGCAUGGCCUACCAGGCACCCCCCCAGCAGCUGCCAGCCCCACCCCCUCAGCCCUCCAACCCCCAGCACGGGGCUCGUCCUCUGAACAGCGGUCCGCAGCCGGGGACGGCGCCUGCCACACAGCACGGCCAGGCGGGCGCGCCCGCGGGCCAGGCCUACGCCCAGCACGGCUACUCGGAGCCGGCCAAGCCCAAGAAGGGCCCGCAGCUGUGGAGCCGCAUGAAGCCCGCCCCAGGCACUGGGGGCCUCAAGUUCAACAUCCAGAAAAGGCCCUUCGCUGUCACCACCCAGAACUUCAGCUCCAGCCCCGAGGGCCAGCACGGCAGCUUCGGUCCCCAGGCCGCCGUGGAGAAGGCCCAAAACCACAGUGGGCCCUCGUCUCGGGGAAGCCUGUCCGGGAGGCCUGACGACUGGCCCCAGGACAUGAAGGAGUACGUGGAGCGCUGCUUCACGGCCUGCGAGUCGGAGGAGGACAAGGACCGCACGGAGAAGCUGCUCAAGGAGCUGCUGCAGGCGCGGCUGCAGGACGGCUCGGCCUACACCAUCGACUGGAGCCGCGAGCCUCUGCCGGGGCUGACCCGGGAGCCAGUGGCGGAAAGCCCCAAGAAGAAGCGGUGGGAGGCCCCUGGCAGCCUUCAUCCCCCCCGGGGGGCAGGCUCUGCUACCAGGGGUGGGGGCGCGCAGUCACAGCGCGGGACACCGGGGGCGGGGGGCGCCGGCCGAGCCCGGGGCGGCAGCUUCGCCAAGUUCGGCAACCGCAACGUGUUCAUGAAGGACCACAGCUCCUCCUCCAGCACGGACUCGCGCUCCCGCUCCUCCUCCCGCUCGCCUACCCGCCACUUCCGCCGCAGCGACUCUCACUCAGAUUCCGACAGCUCCUGCUCUGGGAACGAAGGUCACCCUGUGGGUCGCAGGCACCCGCCUCCCAAGGGCCGGGGGGGCCGGGGGGCCCACAUGGAUCGGGGCCGAGGCAGGGCGCAGCGGGGAAAGAGGCACGACCUGGCCACCACCAAGCGCAGCCGCAAGAAGCUGGCGGCCCUGGAGUGUGAGGACCCCGAGCGUGAGUUGAAGAAGCAGAAGCGGGCGGCGCGUUUCCAGCACGGCCACGCCCGCCGCCUGCGCCUGGAGCCCCUGGUGCUGCACAUGGGCAGCCUGGAGGCCGGUGGGGCCGACCCCGACUGGCAGGAGCUGCAGAUCGUGGGCACCUGCCCUGACAUCACCAAGCACUACCUGCGGCUCACCUGCGCCCCCGACCCCUCCACCGUGCGCCCCGUGGCUGUGUUACAGAAGUCGCUGGCCAUGGUCAAGUCCCACUGGAGGGAGAAGCAAGAUUACGCCUUCGCCUGUGAGCAGCUGAAGUCCAUCCGGCAGGAUCUGACGGUCCAGGGCAUCCGCACUGAGUUCACGGUGGAGGUGUAUGAGACGCACGCCCGAAUCGCCCUGGAGAAGGGGGACCACGAAGAGUUCAACCAGUGCCAGACGCAGCUCAAGUCGCUCUAUGCAGAGAAUCUGCCGGGCAACGUGGGCGAGUUCACUGCCUACCGCAUCCUCUACUACAUCUUCACCAAGAACUCGGGAGACAUCACCACAGAGCUGGCGUACCUGACACGGGAGCUGAAGGCAGACCCUUGCGUGGCACAUGCCCUGGCGCUGAGGGCGGCCUGGGCUCUGGGCAACUACCACCGGUUCUUCCGGCUCUACUGCCGCGCGCCCUGCAUGUCCGGCUACCUCGUGGACAAGUUCGCGGAUCGGGAGCGCAAGGCCGCCCUCAAGGCAAUGAUCAAAACCUUCCGCCCUGUGCUGCCCGUCUCCUACCUGCAGGCCGAGCUGGCCUUCGAGGGCGAGGCCGCCUGCCGGGCCUUCCUAGAGGCCCUGGGCCUGGCCUACUCGGGCCCGGACAACGCCAGCAUCGACUGCCGCCUGAGCGCGGCGCAGCUGUCAGCCUUCUGA